UGGCUGGGCCCAGGCACUGGCCUGCAAGGACACGCCCCCUUGCCGCUGCCCUGCGCUGAUUGGGCCCGGGGAGUCUCUGCACUGGUUUUCGGAGGCCGGCGGAGGGCGGUCUCGACACGCCUCCUUCCCUCUGCCGCAGCUGAUUGGUCCGCGGAGUCUCCGCGUUUGACUUUUUGGAGGCUCACCGGCGCUCUCGGUACGGCUGGGGCCAAGGAUUGGCUGGCUGUUCCGGGUCUCCGAGCGCUUUCUCUGGGGAACCGCGGCUACUGUCGAAGCGGCUGCGAUCGACGUGGUUUAGGCUGGCUCGCGGCUGCGUGUGGCCCGCCUUGGGCAACCAGAGCACUACAAUGGGCACCCCAGCCUCUGUGGUGAGUGAACCACCCCUCUGGCAGGCUCCUGCUGAGGCCCGGGGCCGCAAGCAAGCCUCAGCCAACAUCUUCCAGGACGCUGAGCUGUUGCAGAUCCAGGGCCUGUUUCAGCGUAGUGGUGACCAGCUGGCCGAGGAGCGGGCCCAGAUCAUUUGGGAGUGUGCAGGGGACCCUCACGUGGCAGAGGCCCUGAGGAGGCUGCGCAGGAAAAGGCCCCCAAGGCAGAGGCCCCCGGCACCAUCACUGCAUCACCGCAGUCCACUCAGCAGAAUCCCGGUGCCUUGCUCUCCACCUGCCAGCCCACAGAGCAGUGCCACAGAGACAGCCUCCAGUGAGGAACUGCAGAACUCCAGGACAGGUGUCAGGACCCGGCGAAGCUGGAGAAAGCCCAGCCCCACAGCCUACCUUCACCAGAUCAGACACUGACCCAGGGAAGGGGCCAGGAGUGGCAGAAUCUUCCCUCAGAAUCGUGGGACUUUUGCUGAAGGGUCUGGGGAGGGGAAGAAGGGAACUCGGAAGCAGCGGCCCUACCCAGGUAAAGGAAGAGGCCAGCUCAGGACUGUACUUUCCACUGAGCCAUGCACUACAUGGGACUCUGUCACCAGAGUAAGGAGACACCGUUGACUGCUCCUGGCUUAGACUCUCUUGACCCAAUACUAUAUGAGCUGCAUAUUUCCCUGGGAGUCACGGACACUCAGUAUCUCACCACUUCAGUCACUCACUAAUCCACUGGCUACUGUUGUCACGCACAAUCCAGCAGCCUGUCCCACAUGCCCAUGCCAUCAGGCCAGCAUGGAGAAACCACAGUUUAAGUGGAAAAUAAAAGUAUUUGAUUCAAGAA